AAUUUCGAAAAUCAAUGUUUUUCAAGUAAAGAAGAACGCAUAGGUGUAGAUAAGACUCAUAAGUAUUUGAGAGCACUUUUCUAUAUACAUUCAGCAUAUUCUGCAUAUUAAGGUCACCAUAUAUUACCACAAAGCCGUUGAACGUUGACCAGUUAGCUGUAACAUCGAGUAGUACAAACUGAAACUAGACCCUGUAGUUGAUAGUGAUGGGUCAUAGUGCAAAGAAAUAAGCUGCUUAGGAAGGCCGAAUGUUGUUAUGGGCGCAUCUUACUCGUGCAGUGGUAAGAUGUCUGACGAUACUGAGCUUCCCAUUUACCAUGAACGUCAGGUGAAGGAGUUGUGUGCUCUACACGCCCUGAACAACCUGUUCCAAGACAAGAAAGCUUUCUGUAAGAAAGACCUGGAUGACAUCUGCUUAAGACUGUCUCCAGAUAAUUUCAUCAAUCCCCAUCGCAGCAUGCUGGGCCUUGGAAAUUACGAUGUCAAUGUAUUGAUGGCAGCUGUCCAAACAAAGAAUUGUGAAACCGUAUGGUUUGACAAAAGAAAGAAUAUUAAAUGCCUUUUACCAGAAAACAUUCAGGGAUUCAUUCUUAACACCCCAUCAGAAUACAAAUGGGGACUGCUGCAUUUCCCAUUCAAGCGAAAACACUGGAUAGCAAUCCGUAAAAUAAAAGACAUUUAUUACAAUCUGGAUUCCAAACUAGACUCUCCAGAAGCCAUCGGAGAUGAGGAAUCUCUGUUUUCAUUUUUACAUAGAGAACUGAAAAAUAGUGAAAAUGAACUUUUGAUUGUCGUUAGUCAGGAUGUGGAGCAAGCGGGGGCAUGGAGGAGAGACAGUGACAUUACAACAUCAAAUGUGUCCAACGGGAAAAACCAGGAGUCAGAUUUACCUACCUCAAAAGCAACGUUACAACCUCUGGAUGAUCUCUAGCCAGAGAUGUAGCAAUGCAUAAUUUUUAUGUUCAGGGCUGUCAUGUUUUUGAUACUCCUAUUUUGUUACCUGUUAAGAUAGUUUUGUUAUCUUUUUUUCUAAGUGUCAUAUAGCUUUUCUUGUUGUGAAUAUAUAAACAAAUAUGUGUACUAUUUCACUUCUCUAAUUCUGUUAUAUAGUCAGCAAGAACAUACACUUGAGUGAAAUAAACUGUGAAACAGUU